AUGGAAAUCCAAGAGAUUUAUUCGCAUCCGUAUGGAGACAAAAUCUUUGAAGAUCAGCAAGCAAAGUUCCGCUUCUUUCCAAAGCUACCGAUCGAGUUACGGCUCAUCAUUUGGAAAAUUGCGGUAGAUGAAGGCCGAAUCAUUCACUUGUCGAAGGCGCCCAAGGGACCUUCUUUCGUCAAUCUUUCCGGACACCCGCCUCUUUUGGAAGCAUGUCUGGAAUCGCGAAUAGUGGCCAAAAGAUUCUACGUGCGCGGAUUCGAGCAAAAGAUGUAUCGGAACGCUUCGAUGUAUUUUUCGCCCGCAGACACUCUGUACUUUGAAACUAUCCAAGAUUUUGAUGGUUUCGUAUUUCGUCAAACUAGAUUUCGGAACAACAUAGAGAAACCACUGGCACUCAAUAACUGCGACAUUAGAUCGGUUACCCUUGGAACAUUCGGUACCAUGGAUGGUUUGAUAGAAAGAUCAUUUACAGCUGUUGGCAUGUCUUACUUCGGCCACAAAACCAAGGCAGCUCGUGAUUUUGCCAUGUUGACCAACCUCGAGAGGCUCACGUUACUUCUCGACAACAAUGUGUUACAUACUUUUGGGACUCGGGCAACUUUUGCUGGCGAGAGUAUCGAGCUUAAUGAUAUUGAACAAAAUUCGUUUUCGAAGAAUGGACCUAUACAAGGCCGCAUGUUUUCAUACUCUAAAACCAUAUUUUCGGCAUUCAAGUCGAAGUUCGAAAACACAUUACGCAAGAUGUCUCACUCGUAUGUCUCACAUAUAAACGAAGGUCCGGGGGAUUGUAUGUAUUGCUUAUUGCGAGGGGGCAACGAUUUACCAGUUUCGACGUCUGAAUGGUGGAAAAAUCCAAAAGUUUCCAUCCUCGACAAAGAGAUUUACACCAAGGGCAUAGUAUCAAAGCCGGGUAUAUUCAAGCGUUGCGAGCGGUUGGAAAGGGCCGAUCAAAAGGCCUUGCGAAGGAGGAAACGGAUGAAGGAAUUGAUUCAAAAGAGAGCUACGCUGAAACGAAAGAACCCAUACAUGGAAGAGAACUGGAAAACUGCGAUAGCGAAGAAUGAAGCCGAAAUCGAAAAAAUAAGCGAUGAAAUAAACCUUCUUCGACAUGGCAGAGAGUAG